AUGUCCGCAGCUCGAUCCGCGGCACCGCGCUUGCGGCUCCUGCAGUCCGGCGCUCCUUCCAAGCGUCUGCUUCAUGCGUCGACGAGCUAUGCCGCUGCUGCACCGGCCGCAUCGGCUGCAUCAUCAUCGCCAGCUUCGGACGCAGCAGUGAGCAGCGGAUCGUCGUCGACCAAGAUCAUCAGCUCGCUCAUCCUUUCGAGGCCUCCGGUGCUGCUCCGAGAGCCGACCAAAUUCGAGCGCGCAUAUCACGAGUACAACCGUCAGCUUUCGGAAGCGUUGCAGCAGCCUUUCCCCAAGGACUUUUACUUUAAGAAGGGAUCCGCUGCCGAGAAGCGCUUCGAAGAGGACCAGGCGAGCUCGCCGCAAGGCUUCUCCGCCAUCGCCGCAGAAGCAUCUAAAGCGGCGUCCAAGUCGGCCAAGGGCGCCAAGUCGAAGGACGCUUCGGCCUCUUCGUCGUCAUCGGCAGCCACUGCUGAUGGUGAAGCGGAAAGCCGCCCGUUGCCAAGAACGACCGAGGCCGACGCCAAGAACGACGUGCGCAGCCUCGAGCGCAAGCUGGAUCGAACCCUCUACCUCGUGGUCAAGCAAAAGUCGGGGACAUGGCGCUUCCCUGCCAAGGCGCUCAACGACACCAAACACCAGAACCUGCACGACGUUGCGCCUGCCUCGGUCACCGAGACGCUUGGCAACAAGAUGGACAUCUGGCUCGUUUCGAACCUGCCUGUCGGUCUUUACCGCGCCGCAGAUGCUGCUGCCGAGAAGACCUACUUCCUGCGCGGACAUGUGCUUGCCGGCAAUGCCGAGCUCGCCAAGGGCAAGGGCGACGUCGAGGAGUUCCAGUGGCUCACCAAGGAGGAAAUCCAGCAGCUGAUGGAGCAGGGCAAGAACGCGAGCUACUGGCAGAAUGCACUGGCGAGGGCUGCUGCGCUGCUGCAGGCCGAGCUGACUGUGCAUGAAGCGCAAAGAGUCGCGUCAGCGGGCGGGUCCAACCUGCAGGCGAUCUGGCGCUGGACCCGCAGCCCGGGACGAGGCUCAGCUAAACCUUGUCUCGCAGCGCAGCUCGAGCCAUUUGCGCCAACUGUGGCGAACCGGCACGCGCGCGCACUGCACUGCAACGCAACCCCAGCCUGCAGGCCUGCAAGCCUGCAGCACCACAGCUCCGCAGCUGCCGGCACCCUUGCGCGUCAAGUCGCCGGGCCAGCCGACACGAUUGCUCUCGAGCUAGGCUCAGUCGUCACAGGAUUCCAAGCCAAGCUUCGACGGUCCGAGUCCGACGUGACUCCACUUCAUCGGCUCUCGGUUCAUCCGCCACCUUCCGCUCUCGAGUCAUCGCUGCCAAGGACUCCAACAAGGACUCCAAAGACUCGGCAGGCCGUCCUUGCCAAGGAUCGACCGCCGUCAGCCUGGCUAGCCGCAUUUCCUACGUUGAAUCAAGCUUCCUCGCUCUUUCAACGCUCAGCAAGCACGGCCAACCAUUGGGCUAAGAAGGGCCCGACAAUAGAUGCCCUCACAGCCAACCUGCAGGCCUCGUCGCUCAACGACCAUCACGCGCUGUCGCCCCAGGCAUUCAAGAAGCUGCUCCUGGACAACAUCGACGAGAAGGCCGACACAAUACCUGCAGCGAUACUCUCGGGCCCCGACGACGCCAAAUCAAUUGCAUCCGUCGGUGAUGUUGCCGUCGAUGCCGACGUGGCUGCACCUGCCGCUCCGGCCCAAGGUCUUCCAAAGUACAUUGCCGACCGGGUUGCCUACGAAGGUGGCGAGUUUGUGCUCUUGAUCGGCGCCGAUGCCUCUAACCCAGACAGUGCCGAGCAUUUCCGCUUCAACGACGAGGAGCUUGCGAUAGCGAUCGCCAACGUCGUCAAGGCCUCCAAUCUCUCGGACGCAGAUGCUUCCGUCCUCGACCAGCGCUCGCUGGACGAUGGCAGCAGGUCGGCCCACGUCCUCAUCCGCAGGAUACCUGCAAGCGCCGAAGAGCUUGUAGAAUUGCGCAUCGCCGUCAUCGGCAACGUAGACGCAGGCAAAUCCACCAUGCUCGGCGUGCUCACCAAGGGCGGCCUCGACGACGGCCGCGGCAAGGCGCGUGUCAACCUCUUCCGCCACAAGCACGAGGUCGAGUCCGGUCGCACCUCGUCGGUCGGUAUGGAGAUCAUGGGCUUCGACUCCAAGGGCAAGCCAGUGCACAACGUAGCCGGGCCCGGUCAGGAGCCCGGCCGCAAGAUGUCGUGGGAGGAGGUGUGCGCCAAGUCGAGCAAAGUCAUCUCGUUUAUCGAUCUGGCCGGCCAUGAGCGCUACCUCAAGACCACCGUGUUCGGCAUGACGGGCUGCCUGCCCGACUUUGUCAUGCUCAUGGUGGGUGCGAAUGCCGGUCUUAUCGGCAUGUCCAAGGAGCACCUGGGUAUCGCACUCGCUCUCUCGGUUCCCGUGGUGGUGUGCAUCACCAAGAUCGACAUGACACCCGCCCAUGUGCUCGAGACGACGCUCAAGCAGCUCACCAAGAUUCUCAAGUCGCCCGGCUGUCGCAAGACGCCCGUGUUCGUGAACGACAUAGGCCAGGUGGUCGACUCGGCGCUGCGACUCGAGUCGGAGCGCAUCUGCCCCAUCUUCCAGAUCUCCAACGUCACCGGACUCAACCUCGACCUCCUGCGCAGCUUCCUCAACAUCCUGCCGCAGGCGAGCGCCGCCAAGUUCCAGGUGAACAAGCCGUUUGAGUUCCAGAUCAGCGACAUCUUCUCGGUGCCCUUUGUAGGCACGGUGGUGUCUGGCGUCGUGCUGGCCGGCAGCUGCAAGGUGGGCGACUCGGCGUUGUUGGGUCCGGACAGCUUGGGCCAGUUUGUCACGACGUCGAUCCGCAGUAUCCAGCGCAAGCGCGUCAACGUGGACGGCGCGACGGCAGGCCAGAGCGUGUCGUUUGCGCUCAAGAAGAUCCGCCGCAACCAGGUGCGCAAGGGCAUGGUCAUGGUGGCGCGCACCGACGUGGCGCCCAAGAGCUACAUGGAGUUCGACGCCGAGAUCCUGUGCCUCUACCACUCGACCACGCUCUCGGUCGGCUCGUGCAUGGUGCUGCACGCAGCUUCGAUCCGGCAGACCGUGCGCAUCGUCGGCAUCGCCAAGCUCGAUGGCAAGCCCACGCUGGGCGUCGGCGCCGGCGCCGCAAGCGACCCUGCCGGCAAGCCGGUGGUACGCACGGGAGACCGUGCCAAGCUGCGCCUCCAGUUCAUCCGCUACCCCGAAUACGUCAAGCCCGGCAUGAAGCUCAUCACGCGCGAGGGAAAGACCAAGCUGAUCGGCGUGGUGCGUGCGGUGGGGCAGACGGGGCCACUGGGCGGAACGCCAAUACCCACGGCAGCACAGGCGAAUGUGCCGCCGCCAGCCAACCCUGCACCAGCGCUGGGUGUCAAGUAG